CUCUGUCUGUCUGUCUUUUGUCUGCUCGACUUUAGUCGAGCAGCUCUGGGCCCUCUUUCAAAACCUAGCGUUUCUUGCACUUUCCUGUACUGCUAGUCAAGAGUGCUUUGAGUGAUUUGGAGCAGGAAAGCCCGGGCUUGCACUUGUAGCCUAAGGUCUCGUCGCAGACAUCGCCCUCGACGCCUUCCAGCUGCACCCCCACACACACAUAUCUACGCGAGCGUGUGUGUAUGAGUGUACACUCGGUUACCCUGCAGAUUCCGUGCUUGGGCUCCUCCUCCUUCUUGCCAGGGGCCUUCUUGAAGCACUUGACGCCUGGCUUCUGGUACUCGGCCACGAGGGGAGGCGUGUAGCAGUCGUCGUGCACGACAGACAGAGACUUGGAGCACUUCUGUCCCAUCUUUUUCUUGCCGCUGAGGGGGAGCAGGCUGCGAAGCUCCGUGUCCAGCUCUCUGGCGUCGUUGUUCCGCCCGCCCGACCAUCAGCUCUCCCUUGAGGGGUUUGCACUGCUUGUGGGGGUAUCCAGGCAUGGAGACACAGGCACACACGAGGGUCCCCCCCCCCAGUAGCGCCCGCAGUAGCCGUA